AGUAACCCAUGGUAAUUGACUUGCGGUAAGGGGAAGUGGGCUUGCGUGUUUUGUUUCAUUCUAUUCAGUUUUGCACUUCACCACACUCAUGUAUAGCCCUUACAUUUUUAUGAAUGAUAAGGACUUUUUGGCUGUGUAAACACUGAAUCGGGCAGUAAUGGAGGCAACAGCAUAUCUGGACCCAUUUUUUUUAUAUAGAAACGCGCAAACACGGAAGCAUCGCUAGUGUUAACUGUUAUCUUUUAAUCCCACUUUAACGUCAAACGUUAUUUGAUUGAUGGAAGUUUACACAUCGUGAAGACAUUUUUAACAAAUGUCACUGGGAUUUAGAAAAAAAAAAAAAAUGUAUGAUAAACACUUGACCCAGAGUUUCUUUGAAUGUCUACAGCAGCUUCUCAUUCUAGGGUUAUCAAAUACUGGACUCAUGAAGUCAUCAACUGGUUGAAGGCGCACUCCUGGUGUUCCAGUGCCCAUAUCGGUCUCAUCAAAUAGCUGCACGACCUGACUGACUAUGCCUAAUCAAGAGACACAUAAGAGCAAAAGACUUAAGAUGAACUCGCCUUGGGUAUUCCUUUUCCGCAGAUGGACAUCGCCACCUAGUGGAUUAUGAGCAUAUUUAAAUGUAAGUAGUCCUGCGCGUGUUCUUUAGACAGUGCUCUUCCCGAAAGAGUUCUGCUUCGCUUGGCUAUUUUAUUUUGGACUGGUACAACGGAUGAUAUCUCCAAACGACAUUUGUGCUACGUUGUGUUUUGGAAACAUAACAAACAUGGGCUACUUUAAAGGGAAAAGUUAGGCAUUUGCAUUUGUUUGGACGCAGUAAAACUCUUCAAGGUCAACUAAUACAGUAUUCGGUGGUGGUCACUAUGGUAACAGAAUGACUCACAGUAAAGAGAGCAGGUCUCAAACCAUCGCUGUUGUGCUGGUAGACUGUCUCUUGAUCACCAUUACCAGCUUAUUUUAGCUGAUUUACAUGGACUCACGCCAUCCAACAGUCUCUGGCUGGAUGGCCACUGUAAACGAUAUGGAUUUGGACUUUUAUUGUCAAUAGAAAUGUACACCUUUCCAAGUCCGAAACAACCACUAAGGCUUCCAGCGUCUCUUGGAAACAGAGACCAUGACAUCAACUCCCAUUAUUUACCUUUGCACUGUGAAAGUAGUUACGCAGCCCUCGCACAAAAUUAUUAUGGAAAUUUGAGACUGUAUGGAAACCUUUUGGAACCGAAAAAGAAAUACCCAAUACAGAACUGCCUAAAGAGUGUUAGUCAGCUGGAUGCAAAAUGUUCAGAGAGAUUUGGAUCUCCAAAGGCCAAAUUUCCCUCUGAAAAUAAUAUCCAAGAAAAGGACAAUUGUGGGAGGCAUUUCUUAUUUGAUAGGAGAUGGAAAAAUGGAGAGUUCAAAGAUGAGAUGUACCUCAAACCAGCCACCGUUGUAUACCCUCUACCUCGGACUUAUCAGGUUCAGAAAUCAAAUAAUUUACAUCGGUUUUCACAAUGCAGGCAGACCUCUAAUCGUUCCUCGAAGCCAUUUUGUCCAUUUGAGGGGUAUGAUAUCACUUCAGUUCCAACUCGUCGGUUAACAGCUUCCUCAACAGUCUCCGGAAAGUCAUUCUCGGUCGAAGUUCUGAAACACAGAUCAAGAAUAAGUAAUCGCACAUGCAGCCUUUUUACAAUUGGUGCAAACCAAAGAAGUCAGUCCUACCCUGAUCCUGCAGCGGGGGCGGCAUCUUCCUUCAUCCACAGGCUCUCCGAGAUCUCAUCACUGGAAGGGGAGACGGUCCGGCAGGAGAAAAUUAGGAAGUUAAGGAAGAGCAGGAAGCAGGACUAACAGCCACCCCAGCAGCUGACUCUGGCCCAGACAGCCCUGAUCUGAAUCUCUACCAGAUCUGGGCCAGUGCCAGCUGUUCUGAGGGAACUGAUCACUGCCUAAGAACAACACAGUGUUGUGCCAAAUCAACAUCCACAUGAAGGAAAUACACCAAGGACAUUUAAAGAUUUUAGACUUAAAGCACUUGUCAUCUUAUUUGCAGUUUAAGGGUGAAAUGCACCAAAUAUGUUUAACAUAAACUGUUACAUUCAAAUAAGUGUGUCCUAUGUUUACCCAUAUGUUAAUGAUGUGUAGCUUAAACCAUUUUACAAGUGUUAAACUCCAUGGUGUUACUGUUCUCAAGUCAGUCUUACAGAUAUGUAAGCAGAUUACUUACUUAAAGUACACUGUGUUAUGGGUUUAAUGCAGACUCUAAUGUUAUAUGAAGAACAGUUUCUUUACAUAGCAGCUUUACAUGGCACUUGAAACACAGACAAUUUCAUUUAAAUUAAAGUAUAACAGGAAAAAACAUAAUUCCACUACUGAAACUGUAAUACCCUUACAAAAUAGGAUAAGAGUGUUACAUUUUUGGCUGCAUUUCUGCGGCGGUUAGAUCUAUUGCGAAGAAAAGAUCUGUAUGCAUGAAAUGUUGUGGUCAUGCAGGUAAGGCAGAUAUAUGCAAACUUAACAUUUGUUAUGUGUUUAGGUGAAGUCAGAAUAGAUACAGUAUAUAUAUAUAGCCAAUAAAUAAAGACAAUAAUAGACACUGUUUAUGUGCAACUUUGAAUCAGAAAUGUUUUACUGAAGGAACGUUUAUGUAGUUUGUAACAUUGAGGAAACUAUAGCUAAUAGCCAUAGGAGGGAUCUUAUUAGCUAACGUUAGCUGGAUAGCCUAUUUGCUAACUAACCAUAAUGAUGAGUCAAAGUGAAUGAACAGCUUAAGAUGCUGUAGAAAAGUAUCGCUAGGAAGCUGCAAGAAAUGUAUACCAGUCAGAUGGGUUAUUUGCAGUCCAUUGGCUAAAGUUAGUGUGGAGUAAAAGUCCUCUGUCUAAGGUUCGAGGGUGAUUAACCAUUUCAGAUUCCAAUGUCCAAUUGCUAUGAAUAACUUUAACAUUUCAAAAUACUUUUAGCCCAGGCAAGUCGUAGCUCAUCUACUUGCAGUUUAAAUUUAAAGCUUUUCAUUCAUUUCCCAAUAAACAAAUUUCAUGACCACAGAGUUGAUUAAAAAAAAGACAAGGAUAUUAGCGUGCAGAGGUGCACACUCCCGAGCUUGUCCCACAAUGCCAUGCGGUUGGCUUAUGUGCCUGUUAAAGUUUGAUCGCAUGUGAUUUUUGAUGAUCCGUGUUCCCCUGUUAUGCAUUUUCUGCCACCGUUUUAUAGUAGGUGUGUUAAAUGUAUAUGCCACUGUAUAGUUCCUUCUGUAUUUGUUUCUUUGUGUACUUUUGCCGUGGAAACUGUGUUUGCGGAUAAGGCCUUCAUUUUAAUGUUAGUACUCUCUCCGACUGAGAUUACGAUGUUGAUGGGAAAGAGAGUUCACACCUCCGUUUGUUGGCAUAAUAUAUUCCACCCACAUACAAUACUGACUAGGCGACCGUAGAGUAAUCAAGCCUUUUAUCUGUGAAUUGACGUCAAUCUGCAAAUCAACAUUCUCCCUUUGUGUAUUAUCAUGUGCUGUAUUUGGAGAACAAUUUGAGAAAGGGGGAAAAUAAAUGCUACUAAUGGGCAAA